CUGCUUGAGCUUUGAGAGGGGAGGGGGUGUUGUGAUGAUCCGAUUGUGGAUUUCAGCUCUUCAACUAUUAGAGCUCCCGGUGAGUUCUGUAGUCCAUUUGUUAUAUGGGUUAUACAUUUUCAGUACAGCUGUGGCAACGGAUAUUUCACAGGCAUUGAAUGAAUUUUUCAAGCCCAAUGUGAAAAUUAAUACAAACAUGGAUAUGAACCUCAACAAUGCUACUGGGUUGAGAAGGGUGGACUCUAAACCAUCAACUAACCUUGAUGAUUUGCCUCCUAUUGUCUUAAUCCAUGGCAUCUUUGGCUUUGGCAAAGGGAGGUUAGGUGGCUUGUCUUAUUUUGCCGGAGCAGAGAAGAAGGAUGACCGGGUUCUUGUUCCCGACCUGGGUUCCUUAACGAGCGUAUAUGAUAGGGCUCGCGAAUUGUUUUAUUAUUUGAAAGGCGGGCAAGUGGAUUAUGGAAAAGAACACAGCAAAGCUUGUGGGCAUUCCCAGUUUGGAAGGAUUUAUGAGCAAGGACAUUAUCCUGAAUGGGACGAAGAUCAUCCUAUUCACUUUGUUGGACAUUCUGCAGGAGCUCCGGUGGUUCGCGUUUUGCAGCAAAUGUUAGCAGACAAGGCUUUCAAGGAAUAUGAGGACACUUCAGAGAACUGGGUAUUAAGCAUAACUUCUUUAUCUGGGGCGUUGAAUGGGACCACAAGAACCUACUUUGAUGGGAUGCAACCUGAAGAUGGAAGAUCUAUGAAGCCCAUCUGCCUGCUUCUGUUUUGCCGCUUGGGUGUCAUAAUUUAUGAAUGGCUUGACAUUCCAUGGCUAAAGAACUACUAUGAUUUUGGGUUCAGCCACUUCAACAUGUCCUGGAAGAAAAUUGGUAUUUCUGGUCUUGUGGAUUGCCUCCUGGGGAACAGUGGUCCUUUUGCUUCAGGAGACUGGAUGCUUCCAGAUCUUACAAUACAAGGAUCCAUGAGGGUAAACUCUAAUCUCAAGACUUUCCCUAACACAUUCUACUUCAGCUAUGCUACAAAGAGGACUAGGAAGGUCAUGGGGAACACAGUACCUUCCAGCAUACUGGGUGUACACCCCCUUUUCUUUAUUAGAAUUCUGCAGAUGAGCCAAUGGCGACAUCCAUCGGAUGUAUUGCCUCCUUAUAAAGGAUAUCGGGAUGAGGAUUGGCAGGACAAUGAUGGAGCAAUCAAUACCAUAUCCAUGACACAUCCUCGCAUUCCAGUUGAACACCCAAGCCGUUUCAUCCCGGAUGACUCUGAUUACCAGCCUCUGCAACCGGGCAUCUGGUACUACAAGAUUGUUGAUGAAGCUGAUCACAUACUUUUUGUUGUGAAUCGGGAGAGAGCAGGAGUGAAAUUUGAUUUGAUAUACGACAGUAUCUUUGAGCGCUGCAGAAAGCAUGUUUUUAGAAACAAACCAAACAUACCCAAUCAAACACUCACACACCAGUAGCAUAAAAUGCAUUCUGAUUAUACCUGAA